UGCAGUAUUCAGAAAAUUCCCUACAUUCUAAUUCUUUCUUUAUAGCCACGUUUUCCAUCAAUAACUGAUGCAAUAUUGCAAAUAUUUAUAAGCCUUUUGUAAUUAUUUAGUUUUCUGAAAUAAUUAUAAGUCGAAAAAUAUUGAUUAAAUUGUAAAUUAGUAUAGCAGUGAUUAAAAAUGUCAGCGGGGGACAUUAAAAACUUAACCUUAAAGGAAAUAUAUACUUCUGAUAAAACUGGAGAUGAUAAAACCGGCGAUGGUACCCAGGAAAAACCAUUUAAAACUAUCUUACAAGCUAUGCGAGCAGCUGGCAAAGAACCAUUUCCAACAAUUUAUGUAGAUGCUAAAGAUAAAGAUGCAAAAGAAAAAUAUGAAGUAGCUGCUAAAUCGCAAUUGAAAAAAAUACAAAAAAUUUGGGUACGUGAGAAUCAUAAAGGUGCCGAUAAAUCAAAACGUGAAGAUGAUGAUGCCGAAAAACGAGCUAAAAAUCUUGAAGAAGCUAAGAAAAUUGAAAUUAGUGAAGAUCCAUCAUUAUUUCCAGCGAAGUUAAUUAAAAUUAAUGCCGGUUUGAAAAAUCGUGAUAAGAGAGUUAAAAUUAACGGAUGGGUUCAUCGGUUACGAAGGCAAGGUAAAUCCUUAAUGUUUAUAACAUUAAGAGAUGGAACCGGAUUCUUGCAGUGUGUGCUGAAUGAUAAACUAUGCCAAACGUAUGAUGCUCUAGUUUUAAGUACGGAAUCUACUGUUAUUUUAUAUGGAGUUUUAAGGGCUGUGCCUGAAGGAAAGACUGCUCCAGAUGGACAUGAAUUAAUGGUCGAUUAUUGGAAGUUAAUACACUUAGCACCAGCUGGUGGAGCAGAUUCAAUUUUAAACGAAGAUGCUUUACCUGACGUACAACUAGACAAUCGUCAUAUUAUGAUUCGUGGAGAAAACACUUCAAAAGUUCUUAAAAUGAGAUCGGUUGUCAUGCAAGCAUUCCGUGAUCAUUAUUUAGCUAAUGACUAUGUGGAAGUAACACCCCCAACGUUAGUACAAACCCAAGUUGAAGGUGGAGCAACGUUGUUUAAAUUAGAUUUCUUUGGAGAACAAGCUUAUUUAACGCAAAGUUCACAAUUAUAUUUAGAAACAUGUAUACCAGCUAUGGGUGAUGUAUUUUGUAUGGCCCAAAGUUAUCGAGCAGAACAAAGUCGAACCCGGAGGCAUUUAGCAGAAUACACCCACAUAGAAGGUGAAUGUCCUUUCAUAACAUUCAACGAUUUAUUAGAUCGACUUGAAGAUUUAAUCUGUGAUGUUGUACAACGUGUUCUUAACGGACCCUACGCUCAUAUCGUAUACGAAUUAAAUCCUGACUUUAAACCACCAAAAAAACCAUUCCGUAGAAUGAAUUAUGCUGAUGCUAUUGUUUAUUUAAAAGAACAUAAUAUUACCAAAGAAGAUGGUAGUUUUUAUGAAUUCGGUGAAGAUAUUCCAGAAAUGCCCGAACGUAAAAUGACCGAUCAAAUUAAUGAACCAAUUAUGUUGUGUCGUUUUCCUGUUGAAAUUAAAUCAUUCUACAUGUCGCGAUGUGAAGAAGAUGCCAGAUUAACGGAAAGUGUUGACGUUUUGUUGCCAGGAGUUGGUGAAAUUGUUGGUGGUUCGAUGAGGAUUUGGGAUAAUGAGGAAUUAUUGAAAGGUUACGCUCGUGAAGGUAUUGACCCAGCUCCAUACUAUUGGUACACAGAUCAACGUCGUUAUGGAUCUUGUCCCCAUGGUGGAUAUGGUCUUGGAUUGGAAAGGUUUAUUUGUUGGUUGUUGAAUAGAUAUCAUAUACGUGAUGUAUGUCUGUACCCACGGUUCCUAGAACGAUGUAAACCCUAGGAUAUUGUACUGCCUCUCUGCAUUUUCAAUAAAAUUCGAAUCUUUUGUGUAAUAAAUGGAAAACUUGAUCAAAAAUAAAUUAUU